AUGGAGGACAUCGCUCCCGAGUAUGAUGUUGUUGUGCUUGGCACUGGGCUGACGGAGUGUGUUCUGUCUGGUGUUCUCAGUGUCAAGGGAAACAAGGUGCUUCACAUCGAUCGCAAUGACCACUACGGAGGUGAGGCUGCUUCCGUGAACAUCGAGACCCUGUUCAAGAAGUACGGCAACGUCAACCCCGGCGAGGAGCCCUGGAAGAAGUAUGGACGGGUCAACGACUGGAACAUCGACUUGGUCCCCAAGCUGCUGAUGGCCAACGGCGAGUUGACGAAUAUCCUGGUUUCCACCGAUGUUACGAGAUACCUUGAGUUCAAGCAGAUUGCUGGCAGCUACGUCCAGCAGGGCAAGGGCGGCAAGGCCAACGUGGCCAAGGUCCCCUCGGAUGCCAACGAGGCCCUGCGCUCGUCUUUGAUGGGAAUGUUUGAGAAAAGGAGAGCGAAGAAGUUCUUGGAAUGGGUUGGUGAAUUCAAGGAGGAUGACCCGGCUACUCACCAGGGUCUGGACAUCGGCUCGUGCACGAUGAAGGACGUUUAUGACAAGUUCAGUCUCGAAGACAAUACCCGUGAGUUUGUCGGUCACUCGAUGGCUCUGUACCAGUCCGAUGACUACAUCAACGAGGUUGGUAAGGCCACCGAGACUAUCAACCGCGUCCGUCUGUACGUGAACUCGAUGGCCCGGUACGGCAAGUCGCCUUACAUCUACCCUCUCUACGGUCUGGGUGAGCUCCCUCAGGGCUUCGCCCGUCUGUCCGCCAUUUACGGCGGUACCUACAUGCUCAACACCAACAUCGAUGAGGUGCUCUAUGACGACAGCGGAAAGGUCUCGGGUAUCAAGGCGACGAUGAAGGACCGAGACAACGCUGCCGAGACCAUGAACUUUACCACCAAGACAAAGAAGAUCCUCGCAGACCCGUCCUACUUCCCCAGCAAGGCCUCCGUGACCGGCUACCUGCUCAAGGCCAUCUGUAUUCUCAAGCACCCUAUCGCCAAGACCGAUGACAGUGACUCGCUGCAGCUGAUCAUCCCCCAGUCUCAGGUUGGGCGGAAGCACGAUAUCUACAUUGCCAUGGUUUCGUCGGCACACAACGUCUGCCCCAAAGGCUACUACGUCGCCAUUGUCUCGACUAUUGCCGAGUCCGACGCAAACCACCACCUUGAGCUUGAGCCUGGAUUCGAGCGUCUGGGUGAAAUUGAAGAGAAGUUCUUUGGCCCCCCGAUCCCGCUCUAUGAGCCCCUUGAGAGCGGUGAGAAGGACAACAUCUAUAUCUCGAGAAGCUACGAUGCUACGUCACACUUUGAGACCACUACUGAUGAUGUGCGGGAUCUUUACCGUCGUGCCGCUGGUGAGGAGUUGGUUGUCGAGGGACUUCGGGAGGACCAGAAGCUUGCUGAAGAGUAA